GAUGCUGCCUUCAUUUCCAAUUCUUCAUUAUCUUACGAUUUUCUUGCUGCUGUAUCUGAGAACAUUAACUGCGCUCCAUCUCUACUUCUUCUAUUUCGGGCUCUUGAAUAUCGUCGUGAUAAAAUGCACUUCGAAGUCGCAAAAGCUUUCCUUUCCCUUUCCGAACGUAAUCAGCAGGUUACUGACAUGAAACAAGAUGUUUCAUUUUGUGUCGGUGGUGUUCCAUUUUGGCGUCGGAAUCUCUUUCGAUGGAUUUACGAGAUGAUAGAAGAGGAGAAAACUAUCCAUGCUAUUAUCGAUGCAGUAACUGCUGCUUCUACCUCUAGACAAGUCCCAUCAAAGGAUUUGCUGCUGCAACAAUGCAAGUCCAUUCUAUUAGAUGAUUUUGGACCUGAACGCAUAAUUUCUGAUGACCUAGUGGCCUGUGCUGCCUGCUACCUUCUCAUUCGGGAAUCGCAAUUUAUCUCGGAAUAUAAGGGAAGGCUAUUUGUACCCAGCCUUAUCUCUCAAUUGCUCAAUCUCUCCACUGAAAAGCCUAACUUUACUAAAUCAGCAUGCAGUCUCUGUUCGAACUUUUUGCAACCAUGGCUAAAAUCGAUUUGGGAUAAAUCUCUGCUCUACUUUCCAAAUAUUUCUUUCUCGCCUCCAAUAGGUAUGUCUUGUCCACAAAGUGUGAGCAACAUGGGAUUUCUCACUUUCACCAUCAAGCUCCUGUCGUUUAGUAACUUUGUUGAGGGGCAUGCCGUUCUCGACAGUUUGAUUAACUGUUUGACUACUUUUCUGAAGAAUGCUCGUAAAAUUGAACCUACUGUGGAUUAUAAUACUACUAAAGCUCUUAAGAAGAAGCCCUUUUUACAAGAAGUCGCUGAGAUUUUGCAGAUUGCACUAACAUGUGUACUGGAGUCAGAUAGAAAUAAUGCCAAAUAUCUUAUGAAUCAAGUGCAUUUACAAUCAAGGAUCCAGUCAAAUAACCCCAGAUUACUAAUGUCUCUCAUUCUUCAAGCUGCUGCAACUGAGAGCAACUAUUUCUCACAACGUGUUUCUCCUAGUCUCUUCACUCCUCAGACACUUGAAGUAUUAAUUUUUGGUUGUCAAUCCAUGGGCUACUUCGGUGAAGCAGUAGUGCUCUGCCAAUUCGAAGGCAGGAUUCACAUCCCAAUAGGUUUGCGAAUCCUUGAAAGUGCUGUCAAGGCAUCGUCUACAUUCAAUGCUUACGAUUCCUUGGAGUCCAUGACUGUAUUUCUUUGGGAUCUACAAUUAUUGGAAGCCCUGUGUAAAUUUCAACAGUGUAAUCAAGCCUUCUCAAGAAAAAAUUCAUUCUUACGUUGCAUAAACCAGCUGGAAGUAAAUGCAGCCAAUGCUAAGAAGUCACAUAAGAUGGCGAUUUGGAAAAGGCAGAGGGAAUUUUUACGAUAUCUUUCCUUAAAGCUCUUUUCGAACAGAUGUUCCUUCAGUGAAGCAGCUUUUAAACGCAGAGGUCCGGGUGCCACGAUUCGUACUGAUUUGUGCAUGAAUGGUAUUGAUUAUAGUGCGGAGUGCAAUAUAAUUCACCUCCCAAUGCUUGUCAUUCAGAAUAACUUUUUUGAUUUCGGUGACUACGUUUUACUCUGGGACGGUGAUUUUAGCCAUUACGACAAUUCAGCGUAUUAUAUAGUGCAAUUAAUGAGUGAUAUAAGUCAUUGCGAUGGUUCUACCGGAGCUAUUUUAAAUAUUUUCCGUCAACUCCGCGGUGCAUUCGCAUUUAUUCUUAUACAGAAGUUCAACAAUCGAAUUUAUUUUGGACGAGACAAAGUUGGUCAACGCUCCCUUAUUGAUGGUCUUGUGGAGAUUCCAGCUUCUGGUAUAUAUGUGGCAACUGCAAUACCUUCUGGUGGAUUUUGCAUUGAAUCGUGCCAUUUUUGGUCUGACUCUCAUAAGCAGUUUUGGAUAGAUCACAGCUUUAACCAGGGCAUUAAAUACGACGUAUUAUGUCAUCCACUCAAGCUGAUCUGUGACCAUAAUGAUCCUAUCAGUACUAUGAAGACUCUUCUCCAGCAAGCGAUUGCCAAGCAAGUUGGACCUCUUUCUCAGCUAUCUAUCCAGUUGUCUGACUUUUACUCAUGUCCUCCUGCACAAAUUGGUGUUUUAUUCUCUGGCGGUCUCGAUUCAACUGUUAUCGCCGCAUUGACUGACAGAGUUCUUACUCUUGUAAUUGAAAUAAUGUGUUGCACUUUUAGUAAAAAUAAUAAUUCUACUUCUGACCAGUUGUACGCCUCACCGGAUGAUGCUCCUGAUAGACAGACUGCUCUGAGUAGUUUUGAGGACUUGAGACGACGAAAUCCAAAUCGACACUGGCAUCUUAUCCUCGCUGAUGUCACUAUUCGGGAGCUCAAAAAUGCGCGACGAGAUCGUGUUCGCGCUUUGCUGAAACCUGCACCAGAAACCGUGCUAAACGAUAGCCUUUCCAUUGCCUUUUGGUUCGCUGCUCGCGGCAAAGGUCGUUUAAUCUGCAGUCGAAAAAUAUGCAACGAAUCACGAGGGGAAUAUACAUCAUCAGCAAAAGUUAUUUUGACUGGUACGGGCGCUGAUGAACAACUUGCGGGCUAUUCUCGUCAUAGGAAAAUCUUUGAACGGCACGGCGCCGAAGCUCUCCAAUCGGAGCUGUCUCUGGAAAUGCUGGGUAUUUCUGAAAGAAAUCUGGGUCGCGAUGAUAGAAUUGUCUCAGAUCAUGGCCGCCAGGCUGCGCAUCCCUUUCUCGACGAAGACGUGACCGAUUACUUGGCAUCUCUUUCUUUGGAAAAAAAGGUCGAUCUGAAUUUGCCAAGAGGGGAAGGAGAGAAACUUCUUCUUAGAAACGUUGCUGCUUCGCUAGAUUUGCUCAUUGCCUCUCGCCUGCCCAAGCGCGCAUUUCAAUUUGGAUCAAGAAUGGCCAAAACCGAGUCCCUUCAUAAGGUUACUGGAGCUGACUCUGUUCCCUUAGAUGUGGAUUAG